CAAAACUAGUAAAUUUAGGGUUUCAAGCAGGGGCGAUCGGGGAGCUGAUGAGGCUUUGGUGAUCGAUCCUGUGAUGAUUAGCUAGUAAUGGCUGCGCCUGCGUCGUCUACGCCAUUCCAGCCCUAUGUGUACCAGAGUGAGCAAUCGGCUGCCGCGACGGCAUUCCAGAUUUUUGGCUUUGAGGCGCAAAUCCUGCAGAUAAUGUUAAAACCUCAAGAAAAAAUCCAAGCAAAGUCAGGAUCAAUGUGCUACACCUCUGGAUCUAUUCAAGCAGAAGUUAACGUUCCUCAAGAAAACGCUGGUGUUGGUGUGUUGCAAUGGAUGAUGGGACGACCCGAUACAAGCACUACGUUUACAAAUGCGGGAAGUGAAGAUGGUUACAUUGGCCUAGGAGCACCCUCACUAGCCAGAAUAUUGCCGAUCGACUUGGCUGUAUUUGGCGGGGAGAUUAUUUGUCAGCGGGAAGCCUUCCUAGGAUCUGUUAACGACGUCACGGUGAAACAUCUAACGCCACGAAGAGUUCGUGUUGGGUACUUUGGAGCUGAUGUGGGAGGACUUUUGACGCAGAAACUCGUAGGACAGGGCCUCGCUUUCAUCACAGCCGGUGGUUCCGUGCUGCAGAAGAAACUAACCAGAGGAGAAUUGCUUGUCGUCGACAUUGGAUGCCUCGUGGCCAUGACAAGUGCCGUGGAGUGCGAGAUCAAGCAAGCUAGUCCUGCUGCGCGACGAGCAUUUUUCGGCGGUGAAUGCCCAUUUCAGGCUCACCUUACAGGACCGGGUGUAGUCUUCAUCCAAAGUUUGCCAUCACAACGACUUGCUCACAAGAUAGCUAGGACAAUCUCGGCUCCUCAUUUCCGGGACAACCCCCGGUUUUUUAUUUCGGCUGGGGUGUUUCUUUUCCUUGCGUACGCCAUGAUUUUCGCAUCUUUGCUUCUCGCAGAGCCGUGAGGCCCACUGGACAAAAGAAAGAGAACACAACACACUCGAAAUCUUACAUUCAUAGUACCAUAAAAACUGGUAAUUGCCCAGCACCAUGAAGAGCAUCUUAACUGCAUUACAAAAGAGUUGGGAACCAGAAGAGAGGGGCUAGCAUGAAAGCUGCUUCUCAGUUUAAUAAGAAAAAGGAUGCCAAAGGCGCUCUACGAGGUUGGUUUUA